AUGUUGGCAGAAGGGUUUCAGUGCUGGAGCACAACUCAAGAAAUGGACCGUUAUUCUCGACUUGCUUCUAUUCCUCGCGUUGUGUCAUGGGUAACUCAGUUCAACCUUCAAGGAGAUUACGACUUUUUUGAUUAUGCAGGUAAACCAGGUCAGAUCCAUGCUACAGGGUAUACAUAUUUUCGUCAUACACCAUCCAAUGCCAUUGUAUUUGUUGGUUCAACAACCGAAGGAUCAGGCUAUACUUACUUGAAAUCGGAUCUAAACAUCAAUAAGAUGAGCAUCUACAAGGAUAUUGAAGGCAAAAGGCUCUCUAAAGGGCAGUCACUCACGAUCGAAUUGUAUGUGGCCAAACGUGACCAUGUAGCUGAACUCACGUCUGUCUGGCAUCGUUAUGCAGCUUAUUAUGAUCCUGCCUGUCAAUUUCAAAACCCGCGUCAUCUCACAGGCUGGUCUUCUUGGUACAACUACUAUGAAAAGGUAACUGAAAGGGAUGUUCUCUCGAGUCUGGAAGCCUUUGAUAAGCAUCGAUACCCCAUUGAUGUAUUCCAGAUUGACGAUGGUUAUGAAUCGCACAUUGGUGAUUGGUUAGAGGUGAAAUCCACUUUUCCUCGAGGCAUGAAAGUGCUGGCACAGGACAUCUCUCGCAAAGGAUAUCUGCCUGGUCUAUGGUUGGCUCCUUUUGCAGUUGGGUUCAAGAGUAAGAUUGUGCAAGAACAUCCAGAAUGGCUAGUCAAAGACGCAAAUGGAUCUUUAGUAGUAGCAGGACCGAAUUGGGGUGGAUUCUAUGCAAUCGACAUUUACCAUCCAGAAGCCAAGGCCUAUUUGAAGCAUGUGUUUGAUCAAGUCAUCGAUGUCUGGGGAUUCAAGCUGCUUAAAUUAGAUUUUUUGUUUGCUGCAGCCAUGAUACCUCGCUUGGGCAAAUCGCGGGGUGAGAUCAUGUGGGAUGCCAUGGAUCUGAUUGUUGAAUGGAAUCAAAAGCGUGCACUUUUGUUAGGUUCAGGUGUGACAUUACCUUCCACAUGGGGUAGAUUGGAUUAUUCUCGUGUCAGUAGUGAUGCUUCUCCUUGGUGGGAUCAUACUGUUCUUAAACUAGCCAGUGUACGUGAACGUGUGGCUACUCUGAAUGCAAUGACAUCUACAUUGCAUCGAUGGCCUAUGGCUUCUACUGUCUUUGGUAGUGAUCCUGAUGUGUUCUUUAUUCGGUCUGACAACAACAAACUAACAGCAGAAGAAAAGCAUACAUUACUGGUCAUUAAUAUUGUCUCUGGUCAAUUGACACUCAUGUCAGAUAAUGUCGAUUUCUAUAGCCCACAAGAACAUCAACUCUACCGUUCCAUUUUCCCUAAACCAGAAGCACAGAUGCAGAGUGUGAUUCAGAUCAAACCUGAUCUCUAUCAAGCACAGUACACGUGUCGUGGCAGGGAAUACCUGUUUUUCAGUAAUCUGUCACCUUUGCCUCAUACUGUCUUACUACCCAUGAGUGCCACUGGUCAAUACGAUACAUUCUUUGAGCAUCGUAAUGUGUUGCUGUAUAAGAACAAGGUAGAUUGGUUGCCUUCUCAGUCUCAAAUAUUCCUCAAGCCGCAUGAAACGCGUACAUUUUUCAAGACUUCAGACCUAUUUAUGGGUUCCACAGGCCAUAUUGUGCCUGGCACAGACAUUGAACACAUACAGGAAACAAAAGAAGGCUCGAUUUAUGUUACGAUGGCAAGCAUGUCAAAACACACAAGACUCUAUUUCCGUAUCCAAAACAGUCUGCCUAUCAUUUAUAUCAACAACCAGCGUAUGCCUACUGAAAAGAUCGAAUGGAAUGAACAUAUCUCUUUAGCCAAAGUUUUAAUAAACUAA